CUGGCGUCUCUAUGGCAGAGCGGCCUCGGAGGCGGCAGCGGCGAUACCGACUGUGGUGAGGGCGACUGGCCCCGACUCUCCUCCUGGACUGAAAGGUUUCGGGCGCGGAGAGUUACGAUGUCAGAGAAGAAGCAGCCGGUAGACCUGGGUCUCCUGGAGGAGGACGACGAGUUCGAGGAGUUCCCCGCGGAAGACUGGACUGGUUUAGAUGAAGAUGAAGAUGCACAUGUCUGGGAGGAUAAUUGGGAUGAUGACAAUGUAGAGGAUGACUUCUCCAAUCAGUUACGAGCUGAACUAGAGAAACAUGGUUAUAAGAUGGAGACCUCAUAGUAGCCAGAAGAAAUGUUGAAACAACCUAAACUUGAACUGUUACUAAAUUCUAAGACAGAAUCCAGGAUGGGACUCUUUAAAAAUACUUGUUUCAUUACCUGCUUGGCUUUACUCUUGCUUUUGUAACACAAAAAAAUAAAUGUUUUGAUCUAA